CGCCGUGUCAGUACUCGGCACCUUAGCUUUUAGACGCUUUUGCGCGACUGAGAGGCGUCACUCGCUGACCCCGGGCCCGCUCUAGCUGGGCCAGAAAGUCCACAUCAUCGAGAUUCCUUACCUAGAUACCUUAGGUAGGUACAGUGGGUGUAGUCUCAGUCUCUGUUUGCUCUUGUCUCUCUUUUUUUUUUUUCCUACAUCCCACCCCAUCACAGUACAACUGUCAUUCCUCAAAGCUGCUGGGGGUUGAAUCGGAGCACCAGUCUUUGCAUUUCUCUUUCACAGUCUUUUCCCUCCAAGGUUGUUGACCCCCGAGGUUUGCGACCUGUUCGUCCCGUCCCACGUCGUUUGCUCGAAACCGCCGGAUCCACACUGCGACAAUGCUGAGAGCGUAAUAUGAAUGUUCGCGACCCUUUCAAUCUACACCAGAACUCCGCCCUUAGCGUUUUCAAAGUCACGGCCGCCCGAGCUGCCCAAAACAUCAAAGAAAAAGCAGUCGAGGCCGGAGCCACUGCGCUGAACGACAUGUCUUUCAAUGUCCCAAAGAACGUUCCCUCCUUUAGCAAUCCCCAGCGACAACUCGAAGACAGAUACUGGGGCGCCUCCACCAACAGCAGCCGAUCCUACCGUGGAGGCAACUCUGGUAUCUUCCACGGUGUGCAGGGGCGGGUAGAAGAUCUCCUGGGUACAAAGGGCCAGCUUCCCAUGUACAAGGACAAGCCCUAUGCCCACCACGCAAGCCGGAGGUUUCGGCCUCUCUGGCGGCGGAAGCGCUCCAUCCUCGUCACCUUGUUCUGCUUCGUGACAGGUCUUUGGUUCUUUGGCUUCUUUUCCGAGGGUUCCAAGGCCCGCGAGUCGGCAACGACAUGGACUGGUUGGCUUGGUACGACAGAGCCCAAAGGCAAGAAGGUAGACUGGCUCAAGAGACGGGAGAGGGUAGUUGAGGCCUUUGAGCUCAGCUGGGAUGCCUAUGAGCGCUAUGCUUGGGGAUACGACGAGUACCACCCUAUCGCGAAGACCGGACGACAGAUGGCACCCAAGGGACUCGGCUGGAUCAUUAUCGACUCGCUCGACACCAUGAUGCUGAUGAAUUUGACAUCACGCUUGAGCCAUGCGAGGCAAUGGCUUGCCAACGACUUGACGUGGGAUCAAGACCAAGACGUCAACACGUUCGAGACAACCAUCAGAAUGAUGGGCGGCCUUCUCUCUGCGUAUUACCUAUCGACCGAGUUCCCCGAACUAGCCGCGAUCAAAGACGACGACCCGGGUGCGCCUGGCGAGGAUUUAUACCUGGAAAAGGCAAAGGAUCUGGCCGACCGUCUGAUGAGCGCUUUCGACUCGCCGUCCGGAGUUCCAUACGCCAGCGUCAACCUGGCCACCUACAAGGGCAUCGUCUCUCACGCUGACGGUGGCGCCUCCUCGACCGCAGAGACAACAACACUACAGCUCGAAUUCAAGUACCUAGCCAAGCUGACGGGCGAAAAGGACUUCUGGGACAAGGUCGAGCGGGUCAUGAAGGUAGUCGACGACAACGGUGCCCAGGACGGACUUGUCCCCAUUUACCUCUACGCCACGACGGGAGAGUUCAGGGGAGACAACAUUCGCCUGGGCUCCCGCGGAGACUCGUACUAUGAGUACCUGAUCAAGCAGUAUCUGCAGACGAACAAGCAGGAGCCCGUUUACCUGGAGAUGUGGGACGAAGCCCUCGCAGGAGUCCGCAAGCACCUGAUCACCUACAGCAAGCCCUCUGGAUUUACUGUUCUUGGAGAGCGCCCCUCAGGCCUGAACCACGAACUCUCUCCAAAGAUGGACCACCUUGUCUGCUUCAUGCCCGGUACCAUUGCUUUGGGAGCGACGGGAGGUAUUCCCGAGGCAGAGGCCAGAAAACUCCCCACGUGGAACAAGAAGAAGGACGAGGACAUGAAGCUGGCCCGCGAGCUCAUGCAGACCUGCUGGGGCAUGUACAAGUGGAUGGCGACAGGGCUUGCCGCCGAAAUCACCUACUUCAACAUCGACGACCCACCCGCGUCUCCCUCGGCUUCGCAUCACCCACCCAAGGACUUUGAUCCGGAUCCCCAUGCCAAGUGGCGACAGGAUUUUGACGUUCACUCUCAGGAUGUCCACAAUCUCCAACGACCAGAGACCAUUGAGAGUGUCUUUUACAUGUGGAGAAUCACUGGCGACAUCAAGUACCGUGAAUGGGGCUGGGAGAUGUUCAAGUCGUUUGUCAACUACACGUCGGUCGAGGAUGGUGGAGGCUUCACGAGUUUGAGCAACGCCAACACGAUCCCGCCAGUUACGCGCGACAACCUUGAAAGUUUCUGGAUGGCCGAGACACUCAAGUACUUCUACCUCCUUUUCUCACCGGAUGACUUGUUGCCCAUGGACAAGGUUGUCUUCAACACGGAAGCGCACCCGCUCCCCCGCUUCGAUAUGGGCAAGCUAUUCAGCACAGGCUGGCAGCGCAAGCCAAGAGACGCCAGCGGAAAGCUGAUUGUAGAGAAAACGAAGCAAAAGGAGGAACAAGCAUGAUAUCAUUGAUGUAGGCUCACCUGUGAUGAAAGUCAGGGAGAGCAUGUUUAUAUAAAGCAGCAUGUCUUUGUCGUUGGAGGUAUCGUACUCAAACGGCACAGUCUGGCGUUGUAUGGGAAGAUGAUUUAGCUAUUGUAAAAAAACAAAAGCAUGAAACCAACGUAUCUGUUUACAAUGUUCGUACGAAAC